AUGGAGCCCAACAUCUCUGGAGAGGAAUCCAGCCAGCUUGUUCAGUACAAUGGCAGCGGAAUGCUUGAUAUGACAUUUGAACUCUUCAGAGCCCAUGACAAAAGCCAGUGGAGAGCCUUGGAUCGUUCCCGCGAUCUUUACGAGGACGAUGGAGCCGGCAAUGUCUCUCUUCAGUACGCCCUCGUGACGAGAUACGAGCGAGGUAAACUGCCUUACAAUUUACAUUCCAUCGUUGUUCAGAGUCCCUACUUGAGGAACUUUCUUGCUACAGUCUUUGAUGGAUAUCCCGGAGUCUACACUACCACCAAAACCAUCAAGUUUUCUGCACCCUUCCCCCAAUUCUACUUCCGUUGGAACAAGUUUCUCCAGUGCAUGGAACAAGAAGAGAACAAGACAGCGCUUAUGCAUAUUCGCCUCCUCUACGACGUCAUGGCCAAAAUCAUGGACCCUCUCAGGGCUACUGCCAAAGACCUGCUUGGCAAUGGCCUCAUCGACUUUGAGCAUCUCUUUGCUCUUUUCGAGCCAGGCACUCAGGUCUACGCAAAGAUCCAUGGUCAGGACCGCAUGCUCAUCACAAAACACUACAAUACUGAUCGUGGUUUACUGUCAUGCAUGUUCAUCGAUAUGGAUGGCAAGUCCUUUGGCUGGAGUUCACAUUCAAUGUCCAUCAAGGCAUUUGAAGGCAUGCUGCCAAUCUCGGACUUGCCUUUCAUUCCCAUACAAUUUCUUGCCGACAAGUCCAUUCGCCAGAGAAUGGUCGAUCGGGGCAGAAGAUUUGAACAACUCAACGGCACCAAGCACAUGGCAUACUCGGGAAUUGCCUCAAUCAAAGAGAAGAAAGUGCUGAUUACGGAUGGUCGUAUUGUCAUUGAGCCAGUGAAGGACUUGACGCCCAAGAUUCAAGCUCAGAUGACUGACGAAGAGCUGGCGUGUUGUACUCCUGAGGUCCAUGCUUAUUGUCUUACAAACAAAGAUUGGGGAACAUUCAUCGUGGACAAUAUAGGAGAUAUCGCUUGGGAUGAUCACGCCUUCGAUGCUCUAGUCUUGCAGCCCGAGGUCAAGAAGGUGAUUCUGAGUUUUGUCCAAGUCCAGCUGUCCCAGAAGAACAACUUUGACGACAUAAUCCGCGGGAAGGGCAAAGGCAUCGUCAUACUGUUGCAGGGAGAUGCUGGUGUUGGCAAGACCUUGACAGCCGAGUCCGUGGCUGAGAAAAUCAGACAGCCACUCUAUGUCAUGAGUGCCGGAGAGCUGGGGAUCACGGCCGUCGAGGUCGAAACCAACCUGCGCAGGGUGAUGGAUCGCUGCACAGCCUGGCGAGCAAUUCUCUUGCUGGAUGAAUGCGACGUCUUUCUCGAAAAGCGAUCUGAAUCGAGCCUGGUGAAGAACCAGCUCGUGGCCGUCUUCCUCCGGCUCCUCGAGUACUAUCAGGGCGUGCUGUUCUUGACGACCAAUCGCAUAUCCGCCUUUGACCCAGCUUUCGAGUCACGCAUUCAUCUGACCAUUGACUACCCCAUGCUCGAUCGACAGGCCCGACAGCGUAUUUGGGGCAACUUCAUCAAUGCUGAAAGCCAACCCAGUAUCACAGCCGACCACCUGCGCAUCCUCGGUCACUUGGGACUCAACGGCCGUCAGAUCAAGCAUGUGGUCAAGACGGCUGCCCUUUUGGCCACUGCCGAGCAAACAACGCUUCGAUUUGAGCACAUCGAGACGGUCAUCAAGGUCAAGGGUCUCGAGUUGCACCAGGAGAAGCAUGAUGAAGAUGAGUAA